CUUUGUCUUUUAUACGGUUUGAUGAGAAAAAGUUUGAAAACAACAUUAGCACGGUGAUCGUAUUUGUGAAAAUGUGAAUGUUCUGUGUUAAGCUGGCCACUUUUUAUCUUAGGGAAAAGAUCUUAACAUUCUGCAUGGAUACACUACCGUGUACAAAUUCAUUACAAAAACAACAUUUUUGUGAUUCUGGAAAAUAAACGAUUUCAUCUUUCUUUUUGUAGUUAACAGAACCACCACCUCAUUUGGUGGUUACUAGGCAACGCUCGCAGGACGAAACCAUCCUCGAGGGUGAGGGGGGAGCUAGUGUUUUUCCCGAUUUUGCUCGGGGCUCAUUCCGCGGCCAUCUUUGAGGGGGAAACAGCUGUUUACAGCCUUAGAAUGGAAAGUACAUUGGAUAUGGUUGCUAGGCAACGCCUUUGUACCGUCGCCAUCUUUAAGUGGGCAAUUUAGAAUGUAAAAAGCCUAGCUAAUGUGGUUGCUAGGCAACGCCUUGGCGCUGUCACUACCCUCAAGCCAGGCUCUUCAUUCUUUUCGUUAAAUAAAUGCAGUCAAACCACUUCAGGGAGAGACUAUGAAUGAAGCUUUGAAAUUAAAACUUGCCGCCAUCUUUGUUAGGGGUAUUGUGACUUCCGGCUGCGGCGGAAGAGGAUGGGGGGGGUCGCGUGCUGCUGUAGUAGGAAUUGAGUGCGGGUUUGAGUUGCAUGAGGAAGGCGGGAAUCUCGUUCUCUUCCCAUCAGCCCCCCAUCUCGCCCUCUGGCGGCUCUGGACGGCAGCCCGGCGUCGUCUCCCGUUCUCUGUCAUCGGCUCCCUCAAUGGAGUCCAUAUGUUUGGACAGAAUCUCGAGGUGCAGCUGAACUCUGCGAGGACCCAGGACACAACUGUGGUGUGGAGAAGCUUCCACGACAGCAUCACCCUCAUUGUUCUGUCAUCUGCGGAGGGCUCCUCAGAGCUGGGGCUGGAGAGACUGCUCCAGAUGGUAUUUGGGGCCAUGGUUCUCUUCGUGGGGCUUGAAGAACUGACCAAUAUCCGUAACGUAGAGAGACUGAAGAAGGAGUUGAGGGCCAGUUACCGCCUCAUCGACAGUUUCCUGGGGGACUCUGAGCUCAUCGGCGACCUGACCCAGUGCGUAGACUGUGUGGUUCCUCCAGAGGGGUCCCUCCUGCAGGAAGCCCUCUCUGGAUUCGCCGAGGCCGCGGGCACGGCCUUCGUCAGCCUGACCGUGUCGGGCCGCGUGGUGGCAGCCACAGAAAGCUGGUGGCGGCUGGGGAUGCCGGAGGCCGUGCUAGUCCCUUGGCUGGCGGGGUCCCUGCCGCCGCAGGCCGCUCGCGACUACCCGGUGUACCUGCCGCACGGGAGCCCCACGGUGCCGCACCGGCUGCUGACCCUGACGCUGCUGCCGGGCUUGGAGCUGUGUCUGCUCUGCGGGCCGCGCCCUCCCCUCAGCCAGCUGGACCCGCAGCUUCUGGAGCGCUGGUGGCAGCCACUGCUGGAUCCCCUGCGGGCCUGCCUGCCUCUGGGACCCCGCGGACUGCCCGCUGGCUUCCCCCUGCACAUCGACAUCCUUGGACUGCUGCUCCUCCACCUGGAGCUGAAACGUUGCCUCUUCACUGUGCAGCCCUCGGGGGAUAAAGAGCCUUCCCCUGAGCAGCGUCGGCGCCUCCUCCGCUCCUUCUACACCCUGGUCACUGCCACCCACUUCCCACGAGGUCAGCGAUGGGCACAGUGCCCCCUCGUAUAGUCUGGGACACUGAGUCCCAGGUCACAGAGAGCAAGGGCCACCCGAGGAGAAGGUGGAGGAUGCAGCCUACCGGGCCCAGGUGCCGCGAGCCUGCUACCUGGUGUCAGGAACUGAGAAGCCGGGCACAGGAUGGCGGCUGGUG